GUUUAAAAUAAAUCAAUUUCAUAAGAAACUCUCAGGUAAUAAUUGAAUAGGCCCGUGCGAGUACAUUUAUGUAAAGUUAGAUGGCCGGAAAAGGUAAAAAGAAACGAAAUAGUAAAGAUUCAACUGGCCAAACAAACGGAAAUGCCGAACCAAAGAAAAAAGGUGGUAAAAAGAAAGCCGCAUCCAAAGGUAAAUCAUUUCACUGUGAUAUCUUUAAUGAUGCAGCUAUGGAAAAUGCUUACUAUGUUUGUCAUAAUAUUCAGGAAGUUCUUAAAUCACGAGGAUUUGCAUGGCCCGAUGGCCAAAAGAAAAAGAAGAAAGGGAAACGCUAGAUAGUAACUGGCCAAGGUUUAUUUGCUUCACAGCUUGUCAUGGUUUUUAUUUUUAUAACUAUUCAAAAAAUUGGGUAUUGUAGGAAUUAUUUUAUUUAAGUUUAUCUUACUUAAUUUUACUGUAUUUAUGAGUUUCAAUAAAAAGCCUUCAUAAUUAAUGUUCAAGAAAUUUAAAUGAAUUUGUUUAAUUGGAAUGCAAUGAAAAAUACAAUUACAUAUGUAGAAGUCAUAAUACAAUAACUUUUAAUGAGAAGUAAGUUAUACAAAAGUGGGUGCUUAGUUCUUUAUGACAACUUAUCUAACCUACAAUAUAUUUUUAUCUCUAAAUAACUUAGUUUAUUUUAACUGCUUUUGGGUUCGUGACUUUAAAGUGACACUAUAAAAAAUAUUUUAUUGUGAUUUAUUAUUAUGUAAAAUAUUGUAUAAGGAAAAAAAUAGUUUUUUAAUGAGGUGA